CGCUAGAGGCGCGCAGCUGGACCGGGAGCCUCGGGCAGCCGGACCAGCUGGCACUGGGAGGUCAUAACGUGCGGCCGCCGGCCACCAUGCUCCAGCGCUGCGGCCGGCGCCUGCUGCUGGCGCUGGCGGGUGCGCUGCUGGCUUGCCUCCUGGUGCUCACGGCCGACCCGCCGCCGACCCCAGUACCAGCCGAGCGUGGACGGCGUGCGCUGCGCAGCCUGGCGGGCUCCGCUGGAGCGGCUCCGGGUCCUGGGUCCAGGGCGGCUGCGGAGCCCGGAUCCCUUGUCCGUGAGGUGCAUAGCCUCUCCGAAUAUUUCAGUCUACUCACCCGCGCGCGUAGAGACGCGGAUCCAACCCCCGGGGUCGCUUCCCGUCCCGCCGGUGGCCACCCGCGUCCCCCGGCCGAAGUUCUGUCUCCCAGCGACGUCUUCAUCGCGGUUAAGACCACCAGAAAGUUUCACCGCGCGCGUCUUGACCUGUUGUUCGAGACCUGGAUCUCGCGCCACAAGGAGAUGACAUUCAUCUUCACUGAUGGGGAGGAUGGAGCUUUGGCCAAGCUCACAGGCAAUGUGGUACUCACCAACUGUUCUGCGGCCCAUAGCCGCCAGGCUCUGUCCUGCAAGAUGGCUGUGGAGUAUGACCAUUUCAUUGAGUCUGGGAAGAAGUGGUUCUGCCACGUGGAUGAUGACAACUACGUCAACCUCAGGGCGCUGCUGCGGCUGCUGGCCAGCUAUCCCCACACCCAAGACGUGUACAUCGGCAAACCCAGUCUGGACCGGCCCAUCCAGGCCACAGAACGGAUCAGCGAGCACAAAGUGCCAUUUCACUGCCCCCAGCGACCUGUCCACUUUUGGUUCGCCACCGGAGGAGCUGGCUUCUGUAUCAGCCGAGGGUUAGCCCUAAAGAUGGCCCCAUGGGCCAGCGGGGGACACUUCAUGAACACGGCCGAGCGCAUCCGGCUCCCCGAUGACUGCACCAUUGGCUACAUUGUGGAAGCACUGCUCGGGGUGCCCCUUAUCCGGAGUGGCCUCUUUCAUUCCCACCUGGAGAACCUGCAGCAGGUGCCCACCUCCGAGCUCCAUGAGCAGGUGACCCUGAGCUAUGGCAUGUUUGAAAACAAGCGAAAUGCAGUGCUUAUCAAGGGACCCUUCUCAGUAGAGGCUGACCCAUCCAGGUUCCGCUCUAUCCACUGUCACCUGUACCCGGACACACCCUGGUGUCCCCGCACCGCCAUCUUCUAGCAGCCGUGGCUAAGACCUUGUCCCUGGGUGCCCCUGGUAUCCAAAGGGCCCAGGGACCCCUGUUGUGUGUCCUGGCCUUGGUGUUCAAGGCUCUUCAGGGCUGUGUGUGUGUGUGUGUAUAUUUGUGUGUUUGUGUAGUGUGCCCACCCAUAUUGCAGACUGCUGGGCAGUCGAGUUCUUCAGGGAGUGGCAUGUCUGUCCUUAACUAUCUUUUCUACACUCUGAGAGCCACUCUGAGGGCAGUUCUGUAGGAUCUGUGUUUAGAUCUCUGCACUGGGGGGUGGGGAGAGACCUCGGGGUGCACCUCUGGGUACAUGGGUGCCAUCUUAUAGCACAGUCUCUAAGAUGGGAUGCCAGUGCCUACCUGGAAUCUUCCCUGUCAGCUGAGCCAUGCCCAGUGUUAGGGAAGCUGGUUUGGGUGGUCAAAGGCCUGGGCCCCUCCUCGCCUGGGCACUGCUAGUGGCCAUUCAGGUGAACAAUGAGUGUCUCCCUCUCUGCCCUCCAGGGUGGGGUGAAGUCUUCAUCCCUGCCCCUUAAGGUCCUAUCUUUGUCUCCCAUACGAGGAGGUUCAGAGCUAUGAAUUUUAUCUCCUCUCCUUAGUAGAGAGAAAGUCGCCCAUAGUGGGUGUUCCUGUAAAUAUUGUGACAGUAUUUUUUUUACUGUGCUGUUUCAUGAGAUGGGAGGGUUGGGGAUGAAGGGAGGGGUGUGUUUCUGGGUGGGCUGGAGAGGGUCUUAUUUUAUCUUUUCUGUGGAUCAGAAAAAAAGCAGAAGCCAAACAAGGCUUGGUCUUUGGAACGCUGGACCAUGAAUGCCUUUGUACUGUAUUUAUGCCUUCCAGUAUCUGGAAUCCUGCUAUCCCCCAUUAUCCUCCCCAGCAUCCCAAGGCUCUCACCUCACCCCACCCCAUGGGUUUCGUUCUUUUUGCAAAGACCUUAGCUAGGCAAGCUAAUGAUGAUAAGGGAAAAGCUCUCAGGGAAUUGAUGAGUUGUUGCCAUGGUGAUGUCCUUCCUCUGAAUAAAGGUGCUCUUUGCAGCAA